AUGAAGCAUUGGAAACGACGCUCUUCCGCGGUUUUCGCGAUCGUCCUGCAAGUGCUGGUACUCCUGCUACCCGAUCCUGCAGUUGCCAUGACCAUGGAGCAGUUCUUGACCUCGCUAGACAUGAUCCGCAGUGGUUGUGCGCCGAAGUUUAAGCUCAAGACUGAAGAUCUCGAUCGGCUUCGCGUGGGUGAUUUCAACUUUCCGCCAUCGCAGGAUCUCAUGUGCUACACAAAGUGUGUGUCCUUGAUGGCGGGCACUGUGAACAAAAAGGGCGAGUUCAACGCGCCCAAGGCCCUGGCCCAACUUCCGCAUCUGGUUCCCCCGGAAAUGAUGGAGAUGUCCAGGAAAUCCGUUGAAGCUUGCCGGGAUACGCAUAAGCAAUUCAAGGAAUCGUGCGAGAGGGUCUACCAGACGGCCAAGUGCUUCUCUGAAAACGCCGAUGGGCAGUUCAUGUGGCCUUAAAAAGGGUUCCCAGAAACCACCCAGUUCAUUCGGGUUCAUCCUUUAAUGCCCAAUCUUUCGAUGAUUGCUUUAAUAUCGAUGUUUAAAUUAUCAAAUAGAAUUGGAAAACCUUAGUAAGCUUAACAUUAAUUAUGACAAGAAAGAAAGUUAGCUUUGGCAAGCCGAAGUUUAUAAAACCUUGCAGUAAUAUGAUGUUGAUUAAAUUAAAACCAAAAUUUAUAUAUUUAAAAGAACUUAUGUAUACAGAAUAACAUCACUUUAUGAUUAAAAAUUACGAAACUGUAA